UUCCGGUUCAAGUUUGAUCGCGUUAUCCAAAUUAAAGGGAAAACUUUUUAAAAUGCGUUGAAUCAACGCAACUUUUUUUCAAAGAGACGUUCGUCAUCUAUUGUAAAUGGCAAAAUGCACAAGCUUUUUGCUCAAGUCCUUAACCAGAAGGAUUUGUCAAAAGCAGGGGAGCUCUUCUCCUUGGAGGAUAAGGACAUAGAAGCAGACCUCUCUGAUAUUAUCGACCGCAUACAUGAUAUCGCUGAUACUACCGACUAUGACAGUAACGACAAUGAUCAGAGUGUGGUGGAGAUCUGCAUCACCAGAAUCACUACAGCCAUCAGAGAGACGUCUAGCAUAGAGAAGCAUGUCAAGUCCCUGGUGCGUCUCCUGGAGAUGUGUCAUACACACAACCUCAUCCCAGCCAAGAAGGAAGAAGACCCUCCCCAUGUCAAGAUAGCCUCCGAUGUCAUGAGUUGUCUCUUCAUGCACUACAGCAAGGAGAGUGUGAUGAUUCUAGCUAUCCCAGCUGUCGUCCAGUUCCUCGACUGUGAGAAUAAAGACCUCUCACGGAAUGUGUCCAGCUAUCUCUCCCUUGCCACAAUCGACAAUGCUGACCUCUUGGCCAAACACAUGGCUCUCAUCGUUGCCAGUGUUCUGCAGGGAGUGUCCUGGAGUGGCCUCAGGAAGAAGCCUUCCAGUGUCAUGCAGGAAGGCUGUAGUAUCCAAAUGGAGGACCCAUCCAGGCCCCAUGUACAGUGGCCCUGGUGGCCCACUGGGGUGUCCUCAGGGGCAACCCAACUGCAAGUGUCACCCAGUGGAGGGGUAGGAAGUGUCCCCAGUGACCAGUGGGGUGUCCUGAAGCUUUUAGAGGAACAUGUUCUCAAAUUCUGUGAGCUGUUCCCAAGCAACAUGUUGGGAGCUGUGUUGAUGAUCAUGUUUGUUGACAUGGCAACUGACAACCCGAAUACAUUUGUUGACCAUCGUGCAAAGCUGGAGGAUGUCGCAGAUCAGCAGCCGAUACUGGUGCCACAGGUUGCCCAGAUCAUGGGCGCCCUCGGCACUGUCAGUCAGACAGAGGCCAAGAAGUCGAUGAACUAUCUCGUGAGUAGGUUAACGACAACAGAGCCAGCCCUAUUACCCACAAUCCUCCAGGAGAUACGAGGUAUUGGAAUGAACCACAACACCCUCUUGGCGGACAACGUGGAAGAAAUUGGAAAACUGGCAUCCAGUGGCUCCAGAGCGGUUCGACUGUUUGUUCAACAAAUAAAAGAAGAUCUCAAGAAAUACAAUGGUGAGAAGGAGAUGAAAUCAGUGUCAAGCCAGACAGAAGGAACUAUCACAAUCAUCACCGUGGGCAACCCUCCGAAUGCAACCCAUCCUAGCGGCACAGUGUCCGUCAAGACAACUACGCUGCCGUCCAGCAACAUGGCGAGUCAGCAAUCCUUGGCAAAGUCAUCCAGGGCCAGCAGUUCCAACAUGGCUGUUGGGAGUGACCGUGCAGGGAGCCCUACGUCCACUCUUGUAUCUGAAAGACUGUCCGCCAACAGCGCCUCCACACUGACCGGACAGAACCAAUCUUUUGAACCUACACAUGAUGGUGUGCAGCAUUUCUGUGAAAAACACCUGAGUAAAAUCAAGAACUUCAUUAGCAGCCUGAAAGCCAGAAUUCCCCUGCCAACAAAGUGCAGUGUUGUCAAUGGUCGGCGGCGGUACCUGCGUCUCCACUUCCAGUGCUGUAGUCAGUCGGAACAGUGCCUCUAUUUCAACAGCUACUUCACCCUCAACACACGCCUGCCCAAAACAUGGAUACACCUCAUGUUUUUAUCUGUACAGGCACAGUCGUCGUCAGCUCUGAGUCAGCGAGACACCAACGUGAGCGACCUGAAGCGCUGCUGGGAUGCACUGAAGGGGGAGCGGGGCAACAGCAGCUUCCUGACACUCAUGACCUCCACCUUCCCUGCACAGAAGGAUCAAGAUACACUGCUACACGAACUCCACGAUGAGCGUUACUCCGAUGUGUUUGAGUUGAGCGUAAGCCAAGAGAACUGGGCGUGCUUCAUGUGCAACCAUCCAGAGAAAGUGUCAGGCUUACUACAGGAUGGUCUUCCUGUCAUAGCGGGUCAGCUGAAAGAGAAGAAGGGUCGCUGGAAGUUCCUGAAACGCUGGAAGACACGCUACUUUACCCUCUCCGGUGGCAACUUCACCUACAGCAAGAGUGAUUCAUGUAAAGAGAUGUUACCUGUGAGCAAGAUUCAGAGCGUGAAAGCAGUCCGGAAAGGAAUCCGGGACAUUCCUCGUGCAUUUGAGAUCUUCACUGCAGAUCAGACCUAUGUGUUCAAGGCCAAAGGGCAGCAGAAUGUGGAACAGUGGGUGCAGUGUCUCCACAUCGCCGUGGCCCGGACUCAGAAUAAGGACAUUCGACCACGUUCUGUCAUGAGUGAUACAAAGCUGUAGGAGCGUUGUGGUCCAGAAUAUGAAGAUAAUCAACUGAAUCGCCAUCAUGCCCUAAUAUGUAGAUGCCUUCUCGUUGUGAUUUAUGAUGUAGUUCAUAUGUAAAUUAUUUUGAUGACAUCUGAGAGCUGCUGGGCCAUGUUUCUCAAGGUGAUGUUGAGACUGUGAUUGUCCAUUGCUUUUCUUCAGACCUGGGACCUCUUUAUAUACUGAUCCUGUUUUUAUUGCUAUGCUUUAACAUAAACUUACAACAGUCUGUGACUAUCUUUUCCUCUACACUCUACACUCGACAAUCUUUUCAUCCAUAUUUUAAAAUAAACUUACAGUAGUCAUGGCAAUAUGACCAUCAACACUUUGUAAGGAUGGGAAAGCCGCAAUAACUCGGUGCGCCUAGUGGCAGCAAGAAUUGUAUGAUCCACAGGGAGUUGAGAUUGAUAAUAAGAUGUGCCGUUGAGAUUGACAUCCAAUUAUUGAGGAAAAAAAUACCAGCGCCUUGAGAAUGCACUAGUGCGUGGAAAUGUGCGCUAUAUAAAUAUCCCAUACUACUUUAAUGUAAACUUACAUCAGUCAUAGCUUUGUGUUGGGCUUA